AUGGAGCUCCCGGCUUUCCUCCUGCUGCUGGGCUUCUGCUCCGCUGGCCCUGUCCUGGGCUCCGAACAUGAGACGCGGCUGGUGGCGAAGCUAUUUAAAGACUACAGCAACGUGGUGCGGCCGGUGGAGGACCACCGUGAGAUCGUACAGGUCACCGUGGGUCUGCAGCUGAUCCAGCUCAUCAACGUGGAUGAAGUAAAUCAGAUCGUGACAACCAACGUGCGUCUGAAACAGCAAUGGGUAGAUUCCAACCUGAAAUGGAAUCCGGAGGAGUAUGGAGGAGUGAAGAAAAUUCACGUCCCGUCGGAAAAGAUCUGGCGGCCAGACCUCGUUCUGUACAACAAUGCCGACGGCGACUUUGCCAUUGUCAAAUUCACCAAAGUGCUCCUGGACUACACAGGUCACAUCACCUGGACGCCUCCAGCCAUCUUUAAGAGCUAUUGUGAGAUCAUUGUCACCCACUUUCCCUUUGACGAGCAGAACUGCACCAUGAAGCUGGGCACCUGGACGUAUGAUGGCUCGGUGGUGGCCAUCAACCCGGAGAGCGACCAGCCCGACCUGAGUAACUUCAUGGAGAGCGGGGAGUGGGUGAUCAAGGAGGCCCGGGGCUGGAAGCACUGGGUGUUUUACUCCUGCUGUCCUAACACCCCCUAUCUGGACAUCACCUACCACUUCGUCAUGCAGCGCCUGCCCCUCUACUUCAUCGUCAACGUCAUCAUUCCCUGCCUGCUCUUCUCCUUCUUGACCAGCCUGGUGUUCUACCUGCCCACAGACUCAGGGGAGAAGAUGACGCUGAGUAUCUCCGUCUUGCUGUCGCUGACCGUGUUCCUCCUGGUCAUCGUGGAGCUGAUCCCGUCCACCUCCAGCGCCGUGCCUUUGAUCGGGAAAUACAUGCUGUUCACCAUGGUCUUCGUCAUCGCCUCCAUCAUCAUCACCGUCGUCGUCAUCAACACGCACCACCGGUCACCCAGCACCCACGUCAUGCCCGAGUGGGUGAGGAAGGUUUUUAUUGACACCAUUCCAAACAUCAUGUUUUUCUCCACAAUGAAAAGACCAUCCAGAGACAAGCAAGAGAAAAGGAUUUUUACAGAAGACAUAGAUAUCUCUGAUAUCUCCGGGAAGCCGGGGCCUCCACCCAUGGGUUUUCACUCUCCUCUGAUUAAGCACCCUGAGGUGAAAAGUGCCAUCGAGGGGGUCAAGUACAUCGCGGAGACCAUGAAGUCAGACCAGGAGUCCACUAAUGCUUCUGAGGAGUGGAAGUAUGUUGCCAUGGUAAUGGACCACAUUCUCCUUGGAGUCUUCAUGCUGGUAUGUCUCAUCGGGACACUGGCUGUGUUUGCAGGUCGGCUCAUUGAGUUACAUCAGCAAGGAUGAACAGAAGCUGAGCUGAGCCUACCUCUGCCCCAGCCCCAACCAGCCCUGGGAAUGCUGGGAAAAGAGGAAGCUCUGUCUAAUCCCUUCACACUUAGCAAACAUGCGAUGUCCUACCUACAUAUCCUAUUAGUGAUCUCUGUUUGCUCCUCUAUGGUCUUUUCCCCUUUGCUUCUAAACCCUUUGCAAGUAAAUG